AUGAGAUUCACAAACAGAAGCAGUAAUCAUCUUUCCCUCCAUCCAUUCGCAAAUCUUAGGGCUCAAAAGAAAGAUUGUUGUCGUUAUUCUGGACGAAGAGCGAGAUCGGCUUCUCAAACGAGGCCAGCUUACUCUGAAGAGCUUGUUCCUGUAUUUACUGCCAGCCAGGACGUUCGAGAGACGGUAAGUGCAAGGCGUAAAGAUUCAUCUGCAUUCACGUGUCAGUUCAAUAGAAACAUUCGACGUCGACCACACUUUGAAAGAUUAAAACAAGCGGAAGAGGAGGACGAGGAGGAAAUAAUUGUUGCCAUGCCAACAACGGGUUGCCCUGAGAAGCACGAGAAACGAACCAUAAAAGAGAGGGAACUUCACAUUCUAGAGACAAAACGUCUGGCUCAUGAAGCAGCGAGUUUGCGAGAGGAAAUUCGACGAAUUUAUCAGCAUGAAAUCAAUUCUAACAAUUUAUGUAAUUUUAAAUAA